CAAGGAAGCUGAACAACACUCAGAAGAAACGAAAGUGAAAGAAAGUUGUUACUCAGCAGCUUCUCGUAGGCUAGUGUUUGUUAGCACGUAAGGGAAAUGGCAGAGGCGAUUUCAAGUAACGAAGACAUUUUAAUGUGCUCGAUUUGUUUGGAUCUACUGAAGGAUCCAGUGACUAUUCUCUGUGGACACAAUUACUGCACGGGCUGCAUUAAGGGCUGCUGGGAUCAGGAAGACCAGAAGGGAGUUUACAGCUGCCCACAAUGCAGACAGACAUUCGCUCCAAGACCCGUUUUAAACAAAAAUAAUGUUGUUGCAGAGCUUGUGGAACAACUAAGGAAGACCAGAGUGCACGCUGCCCCUCCUGCUCUAUCUACUGCUGGACCUGGAGAUGUGGAGUGUGAUGUCUGCACUGGGAGAAAACUCAAAGCCGUGAAGUCCUGUUUGGAGUGUCUGGUGUCUUACUGUGAAAUCCACUUCAAAGUUCACAAUGAUGCAAACCCGAGAAAACACUUAGUGGUUGAUGCCACAGGCCAGCUACAGGAGAGGAUCUGCUCGGAACAUAAGAAAGUUUUAGAAAUAUUUUGUAGUACUGAUCAGAGUUGUAUCUGCUAUCUGUGUAUGAUGGACGAACAUAAAGGCCAUGACACAGUCUCAGCUGCUGCUGAAUGGAAAAACAAACAGAAGCAGUUGGGGCAGACCCAGAGGAGAUUCCAGCAGAGAAUCCAGGAGAGAGAGAAGGAGCUGCAGGAGCUGAGGAAGGCUGUGGAGACCCUCAAGAGCUCUGCACAGACAGCAGUGGAGGACAGUGAGAGGAUCUUCACUGAGAUGAUCCGCUCCAUUGAGAGAAGGCGCUCUGAGGUGACAGAGCUGAUCAGAGCUCAGGAGAAGGCUGAGGUGAGUCGGGCUGAAGGACUCCUGAAGCAACUGGAGCAGGAGAUUGCUGAGCUGAAGAGGAGAGAUGCUGAGCUGGAGCAGCUUUCACACACAGAGGAUCACAUCCAUUUCCUCAAGAAUAUUCCAUCCUUCAGAGAUUCUCCUUGCUCUAAAGACUUACCCAGCAUAACCUUCAGCCAAAGUUUCUCUUUUGAGGCUGUGAAGGAAUCUGUCUCUGCAGUGAAGGUGCAGCUGGAGGAGAAACUGGAUGGCAUCUUCAAGCAGGAAGUAGCCAAGAUAUCUUCAGCAGUGGCACAAAUCAAGAUCAUCCAGUCUUUAGAAUAUACUGAUCCUGAACUCCCAGUCAGAAGAACAAACAGUAAGGAGGUGCUGCCACCAGCCAUGUCUGAUGUCCAGGCUGCUUGUCCUGAACCAGUGACCAGAGAGGAGCUCUUGCAGUACUCCUGUCACUUCACACUGGAUCCAAACACAGCACACAGACACCUCCAUCUGUCUGAGGGGAACAGGAGGGUGGAGUGCAGAGCUGAGCUCCAGUCAUAUCCUGAUCAUCCAGAGAGAUUUGAUAUGAUCCAACAGGUGCUGUGUAGAGAGGGUGUGUCUGGACGCUGCUACUGGGAGGUGGAGGAGUGGGGGGUUGAGAUAGCAGUCUCAUAUAAAAGCAUCAGCAGGGAAGGACGGGGCAAGAAGUGUGGGUUUGGAUGGAAUGAUCAGUCCUGGAGUCUGCUCCUCUACAGCUCCAGCUCCUCUUUCUGGCACAAUGAUAUAGAGACUGAACUCCCUCUAGUGGCCAGCUCCAGAAUAGGAGUGUAUGUGGAUCACAGGGCAGGAACUCUGGCCUUCUACAGCAUCUCUGACAACACAAUGACCCUCCUGCACAGAGUCCAGGCCACAUUCACUCACACACUCUACCCUGGGUUUAGAUUUGCAUAUACUGGAUCAUCAGUGAAGUUAUUGUGACUCACACUGUAUACAGCAGGACAGAAAUGUAAAGACCCCAGAUACAGAUAUGCUGUU